AUGUCCGAAGAUCAUUACGACGAUAGUUUUCAAUAUGCUAUUGAUUCAGUUAACAUUAGGCAAGGAGCAGAAGCGCGUGUAUAUGAUUGUACAUUCCUAGGAAAGCCUGCCAUUCUGAAAGAAAGGUUUGACAAGAAUUACCGGCAUAAAACUCUCAAUGAUCAGCUGAAUGCUUCUCGGCUGAAGCAAGAAUUGAAAUGUAUCAUGAAAGCGAAGCAGUUAGGUGUUCGAACUCCUGCAGUUUAUUUCGUUGAUUCUUCCAAGAAUAAGUUCAUUAUGUCCAAAAUACCAGGUGUAACGGCAAAGGAAUGGAUUGAAUCUAAUAGAACAUCGCCUAAUUUUGAGAAAUCUUUGAAGUUGUUAGGCGUUUCUAUUGGCUCAGCCAUAGGUGUUUUGCAUGAAGGAGGGUUAGUGCAUGGUGAUUUAACUACCUCCAAUAUAAUUCUGGAAAAUAACUCGAUUGAGAAUCCUGUUUUAAUAGAUUUUGGUUUAGCUUCUCAAGGAAAGAUGUCAUCAGAAGACCAAUGUGUUGAUUUGUAUGUAUUAGAACGAGCAAUCGCUAGCACCCAUCGGAACUGUGAAUAUCUGCUCGAUGGAAUUUGGGAAGGUUAUAAAAAUGCGAUCAAGUCCGAUUGGGAACUACAACACAAAAAAUUAGAAGAAAUUCGACAGCGUGGACGGAAGCGUGAUAUGGUCGGAUAA